GACAUAUAUAUAUAGAGAGAGAUAUAUAGCUAGGUAUAUACAGGAAUCUAUAUUUUAUAUACAUAUAGUACUGGAGGAAGAAUAUUGGUGGGGUUCUAAGGGUGGUGGUGAAGAUGAAUAGCAACAGUAAGAGUGGUAACAGUGGUGUUGUUGGAGUAGGAGCUAGGGUUUCAAUCCCGAGCAGUGUGAGGAAAACGAUCCAGGAUAUAAAAGAGAUCACUGGAAAUCACAGUGAAGAUGAGAUAUAUGCAAUGCUCAAAGAAUGCUCUAUGGAUCCCAACGAAACUGCUCAAAAACUCCUCUUUCAAGAUACAUUCCAUGAAGUUAAAAGGAAGCGUGAUCGAAAAAAGGAGCUUCAGAAUUCAAUCAAGGAAUCUGCUGAAUCAAAGUGGAAAGCCGGCACGCAGGGCAGGGGGAACAAAGGGAGUCGUGGAAAUUUGACUUCUCGUCAUGUUUCACAUGAUGCAGGUGCUGGAAAGAAUGGGAAAGACUCAUACUUAUGUGUGUAUGUUUUGUCAGAUGCAGGUGCUGGAAAGAAUGGGAAAGAAAAUUUGACCAAUCACUUUCUUGACAAGAGUGUCGGCUUAUCUUCUGUGCCUAAUGUUGAGGCAAAAAAUAUUUCAAGCUCAUCAAGUGCCGCUACUAAUGGGCCUAGUGGUCUAGCUUCCGGGAGCGACAUCAUUGUACAAAAUGCUCAUGCAUCUGCAAGAAGAGGAAUUAAACAAUUUGAAGCAUAUGCAGGUGCUGGCUCUGGUGUGCAGACAACUCCUGCUGAUGCAAGCAAAAUCCCAAAAGUGGCUACGGGAAAUAGGGAUGUACAUGGGCAGAGGAGGCCAAACUCCGUCAAUUCUUCAAGAACUCUAUCUUCACCACCUCCAUCAGGAGCUCAUCUCUCAGCUUCAGAUCCUGUGCUCUUGCCAUCUCAAGAUUCACGACCCGCUGGUGUAGUAGGCACAGUUAGAAGGGAAGUUGGGAGCCAGCAUUCUCCAGUUGAACGUGCUUCUUCAAACUCCAAUGGGAGUAAAAAGACUACUGCAAAGUCUGAUACUGGAAGCGUAGAUAUACAAGUGAAGAUGCCAAGCAAAUUUCAGGGGCCUGGAAAGAAUCAACUUCAAGAGUUCUUGCAAACUGCUUCUUCAAUCCAUGGUGGUUCUUCCGUUAGCAGGCCUUCGUCUAAUUACAACAAUCGAUCACAAACGAUUGGUACACAAAAAGCAGGUCCUUGUAAGGAAUGGAAGCCAAAGCCUGUUAACAAUAAUCUAGCUCAGGGGUCUGCUCUUGCAGCUGCUUCGUCUGGUGUUUCUAUGGUCUCUGUUGAAGUCAAUACACUAUUGCAGCCUCCUGCUGCUGUUCCUGAAACAAAAGAAGAUACUGCAGAGCUGCAGAAAAAGUUAGAGGAAUCACACAUUUCAGAUGUUGAGCAUGUAAUUAUCCCUAACCACCUUCACGUCCCUGAGGUUGAAAAACUUGGAUUCUGUUUUGGAAGUUUCGACACUAGCUUUAGUUUGGUUACAAGCACAAACAAUGCUCCCGAGCAUGACGGAAGUCCACCAAUUCCUGAAGCUUCUGAGUGCAUUGAAGAAGCUGCAAGUGAACAGCCUCCAAGUAAUCAAAAUGCAUCAACAGCUGUAGAGGACACUGAUUAUUCUUAUCAGCCUCCACCUUCACAUGGACAGGAGAGUUUCUCUGCCAAAGGAGAUGAUAUCUCAUCCUCUGCUCCGGAGUGCAGUGAAUCGAAGCCAGAGACUCUGCAGUCGGGUCAACAAUAUUCAGUUGUUCAUACAUCGCCCAACUAUAAUUUUGGCUUUGUGCCACCAAUGUUAGGCAAUCAGCUCGCGCCCUUUGAUAGCUCUGAAUCUCAACCUCGAGAUGUUUCUCGUCUUCCAAAUUUCCUUGUUCAGCAACCCAUUGACCCAACAAACUACUAUGCCCAAUUCUACCGUUCGAGUGCUGACACUGAUGGCCGCAUUUCACCUUUUCAUUCAGCGGGUGUUUCUACCCAGUACAAUGGCGGUGUUGCUGUUGUGCCUCCACAAACUUCUCAAUCUUCUCAAGAGGGCGGGAACACUCUUGCUUUAUCUACUGCCGCUCCGACGCCACUUGUGACUCAAGCUGCUGGGCUUAUGCAGAGUUCGUUAGCUGUACCACAGCAACCUGUCCCUGUAUUUCGGCAGGCUGCUGGGAUGCAUCUGCCCCAUUAUCAUCCGAAUUAUAUUCCAUAUGGUCACUACUUUUCACCGCUUUAUGUUCCACCAACAGCCAUCCAUCAAUUAUUAAGCAAUGGUGCCUUUUCCCAGCAACCUCAAGCUGGCGGUGUAUAUCCACCUCCACCAUCAGCUGCUGCCAGAUACUCUCUUUCGCAAUAUAGACCAGGAGCUAAUGUGGGAAAUUCAGCUCACAUUGGAGUGCCUGGCACAUAUGCGCCAUAUGGAUCCUCUCCUGUCAACUAUAACCCUAGUUCAGCUACAACAACUGGAAACCCUGCUCCCAAUGAGGAUCUUUCUGCGUCUCAGUUCCAGGAUAGUAACGUCUAUGUUAGUGGACAACAGAGUGAAAGCUCAGGUGUGUGGAUUAAUGCACACAAUCGAGAUUUAUCUAGCUUGCAAGCAAGUUCCUUUUAUAAUCAUCCUCAGGGUCAAGUGGCUCUAACACCCAAUCAACCUGGACACGGAAACUUUGCUGGUGUUUAUCACCCAGCACAACCAGUUACAGCAUCAACUGUUCACCCACUUAUGCAGCAGUCUCAAACGAUGGCCGGUCCAGUUGAUAUGGUAGGACCAACAGCCAAUGUCUAUCAACGGCCUCAGCAUUCACAGAUUAACUGGCCAAGUAGUUACUGAUGAGCUGGUCCUUUCUUUUGCAAACUAUAAAAACAAGAAGUGAAAAUCGUCAUUGGAGUUUUUAGAGAUGCGACGUUCUGGAUGUGGAGGAAUGGUUCCAUCAAAUGUUGGAAAGAAGUGUGCAGGCUGACUGUAAAUUUUUAGAAGGGGUGCCAACCAAUGAACUUCACCAAGGUAUCUCUUCUUGCUUGGGACUGAGGAAAUGGUGAAUCCUCCUGUAACCGAUAGUGGCAGAUUUUUGGUUGAGGCAGAUACAUGCGAAAUGGUUUUUGUUAAAACUUGAUAGCCUUCAAUAGUUUUUCAGCGUUAUUAGCAUAACCGUGAGAGUUUAAAAACUUUUUCUUCCCUAUAUAUUUCUUCUUUUUGUAGGAUUUUAGGACUGUUGAAAGCAAUGAGGUUCUAGGGUUUUUUUUCAUACAUCUUGCUUUCGCGCUUAUCUUUGUACCUGUAAAGUUGAUUUUAACUUUAUGGGACUGUUGUAAUUGGUGGUUGGUGCAAAGCGAAUUGCGGCAUUAUUAGUGGUAUAUUGUGGGGGCAAAUUGAUACAACUUGAAAAUUUCUUGUUGUGGUGUUGAAAUUUUGAGAAUAUUGGUGGUCAUGCUUGCAAUUCA